GAUCUAACGAAAGUGACCUAUGAUGGUUUUAAGAACAAGAACCACUUGACUGAACUUUGAAGACAUCUAUACCAUACAAGCUUUAGCAUGAGCAGCCAUUGUAGCCUAGCUUCAGAGCAACUUUAGACAGUAGGCUGUGCUGUUUAUGCUACGAGGAGGGUUCAACUAUUUCUUUUUUCCCCCUCCUCCUUGUACUACUUCCACCACAAGGCGACAACUAUUCCACUCCCCUCCAACAACACUACACCACUGUCGACCAAGGUCAGCCACACUAACCGACCGGGGAACCUGUCAACACGGAAACAAACCACCGUGAGGAACCUCGGUUUUAUAUGUUUUCUUUUUUUGCCAUCUUACCGCACCAACAAGGCGGCUGGACACCUGCCUGAGUUUACGGUGGAGAGACGAGGGAAGGUCGCCUCGGCAGCAGCAGCGGUGCUAGUGGAUGAACCAGUAGUACUUUCGGAUAAGUUUGUGAGCCAGGCGGCACCAUGUUGGCCACCGCGGGGACUUACGCCAACAAGAAGAGGAAGAAACCCGUCCUCAAACAGAAAAAGGUCCUAGACGGCAAUGAGGUUGUCAAAUCCAACCCGUCAAAGCGCCACCGAGACCGGCUGAACGGCGAGCUGGACCGGCUAACGGAUCUGCUGCCCUUCCCAGAUGACGUCCGAUCCUGUUUGGACAAACUGUCCGUCUUACGUCUCAGCGUGGGGUAUCUCAGAGUCAAGAGCUACUUCAAAGCUACGCUCAAGAACAACACCGGCGGUGGCUUUCCUGGAGCCAACGGGCCCAAUGGGAGCACGUUGGAAAGCAGAGGCUUCUCUGAGGGAGACUUGCUGCUCCAGGCGCUCAACGGCUUCGUGCUGGUGGUCACGUCUGACGGGGUGGUCUUCUACGCGUCUCCCACCAUUAAGGAGUACCUGGGCUUCCAGCAGUCGGAUGUGGUACACCAGAGCGUGUUUGACCUCAUCCACACGGACGACCGCGGAGCCUUCCGGCAGAACCUCCACUUUGCUCUGAACCCACCCGACACAGACGGAGAAUGUAUGGAGGGUUGCAUGAGCGCAGAGCUCUACAAUCCCGAUCAGCUUCCUCCAGAGAACUCGUCCUUCCUGGAGAGGAGUUUUGUGUCUCGCUUCCGUUGCCUCCUGGACAACUCUUCUGGCUUCCUGGCUCUGAAGUUCCAGGGUCGACUCAAGUUCCUGCACGGCCAAAACCUCUUCAGGGACAACGGGACGCGCGUCAAACCGCAGCUGGCAUUGUUUGCCGUCGGCACUCCCGUGCAGCCGCCGUCCAUCGUGGAGAUCCGCUCCAAGAUGUUGCUCUUUCAAAGCAAGCACAAGCUGGACUUCACGCCCAUGGGCAUCGAUAACCGGGGGAAGAUCAUUUUGGGCUACUCAGAGAUGGAGCUGUGCAUGAACGGCUCGGGCUACCAGUUCAUCCAUGCCGCUGACAUGAUGUACUGCGCCGACAACCACCUGCGAAUGAUGAAAACCGGAGAAACCGGCCUGACUACUUUCCGCCUCCUGAGUAAAUCAGGAAACUGGGUUUGGGUCAAGUCCAACGCCAAGCUGUUCUACAAAGGAGGAAGACCUGACUUCAUCAUCGCAUAUCAGCGAGCGAUAGUCAACGCCGAGGGCGAGGACUACCUCCGCCAGAGAAGGCUGCAGCUGCCCUUCAGCAUCGCCACGGGGGAGGCGGUGCUGUACAACACGGGCCCCACCAUGGACCUCUCUGAGACGCACAUCAACCAGCCGUUCAACAACAACGACGUGGGCGGCGGCAAGGAGACAGAAGCCCCCCGAUCUCUGCUGGAUUGCUUCCUCAGGCAGGACAAGUCCGCCUACAGCCAGAUCCCCGAAACCCCACUGCCUGUGGACCAGGUCUUCAUGGACAGCCGAGCGUUGGUCAGUGUGCCCAGCGACGCCUGGCAGGAGACGGGCACGGCGUCCACUUCCAGUGCCACCGUUGUGGUGAAGGAAGAGGCCAAGCAAUCUGUGAUGGCCGUCAUCGACAGCCUGCAAGUAAUGGCUCAGAACGGAGACUUUUGCGCUGCUUUGGAGAACAUGGAGGUGGGCGACGCUGAGCUGAUGGAGUGGGAGGAAACCCUCAAGAGGCUGGGCCAGGAGGGCGACAGGCGGGAGAGCGUGCGCUCCGAGCUGGACAGCGUACUCAUCAACGAGCUCUUUGAACACAUUGACUCUGUUUUGUUCAAGGACAAGGGCGAAGAAUGCCCCACUCCUUGCCUGAAGGCGGUCAUCAGCGGCCAGCGUGACCCCUUCAAGCAGCCGACCCAGCAGCAGCAGGACGGGGUUUACCCUCAAAUGAACGGCUCGUUCACGGCGGAUAAUGUGCACGGACAUUUAAACACCGGCUUAGUGGGAUUCAACAGCCCCAAACUGUCCCACUGUGGACCUCUCCGUGAUCCAGCCAACCAGCACCCGUCUCCUCCUCCUCAGCAGCUACAACUACAGGACAUUUUCACUCCGGAAAUAGAAUUACCACAACUCACCGUCCCUGAAAGCUCAUGUGACGCUGCACCGCUCCACUUCCUGGGAUUUGAGCAGCAGCAAAAUAACUUCUUGCCUGUGAAUCAGCCAAUAGCAGCCAUGAUCUCUUGCAAUAACUUGAACGGCUCCACUUUGCCCACAGCUUGCCCGCAAGCCAACCCGGACAUGGCCCCACAAAACCACCAUCCUCAGCAGUGGUCGCAGGGCCCGUACAUGCCGACCCCCUCCGACGUCAUGCGCAGCAGACACGGGACGACUCCGGCUCCAGAAAGCCAACCGCUCCCUCGCGCCUGCCUUUGGCCGAGGGGCGUCAACGGGCUGGACCACGCUCAGCAGGGGGGGCUGGCGUGCGGGCAGGCGGUCAAUCACAGCAGCUGCAUGUACACGCAGCCCUUCACCUGUGGCCCGGCGGGGGGCGACACCCUGGCGCUCGCCCAGUCCUCCCUCCAGAGGGCGCCCACCACGGGCCUUGACCAGAGUCCCCCUCAGGGCUCCUGCUACUUCCAGUGGGGGCACAGUCAGCCCGUGGUGGGCACGUCGUCCAUCAGCCAGGACACCGCCAACAUCAGUCCCAUGACGUCCAAAAUGGUCUCAUCGGAGCUCGCCUUCAACCUCCAGUGCUACCAGGAAUGACGCACGUAGGUACAUGGCAGCAUUUGGGAUGACCUCAGCUCGUAGGAGGAUGCAAAAAACCCCACAAAACCAACACACACACACUGUCAAAACAAACAUCACAUUUACAAAUCAUGAAACACACAAAUUUGUUUUUCGGAUUAAAUUUUCAGGUAAGAAAUGACCAAAGUGCGGCUCGGGGCCCACUCAUGACCCGCGUCUAUUUUUUUUAUUGGCCCACAGCACAUUUCAAAAAUACAAUUAAACAUAAAAAUGAAAAAAAAAACACAGUAAUUUUAUUCAAAGUCCAAAUAUUAGGAGAGUAAAGUCAUACAGAAAAAAAGUCAUAAUUUUAUGAAAGUGAAAUCAUAUUAUUAGGAAUAGGUUUGUCAUGAUAAGAUUUUGCUGGUCAAUAAUUGUGCCACAAAUUAUCUUCAACCGUAUUGAAAGGUUGCAUUUCUUUUCCAAUGUAGCGAACGACACCUCUGUGAGCGCGCACCAUUUUGUGCUAUUUUGUUUAGAUUUACAUUGCCAACCAAACGCCUCAGUAAGCGUGUCGGGACGAAGGCUCUGCUGCACCUCCAGCGGUACUUUUUUUUAUGAUGUUAUGUUCUAAAGUCCUAAUAUUACGAGAGACAAAACAAAGAAUGAAGUUUCAAAAAAAGUUGUAAUAUAAAGUGAAAAUACGAUGGGAAUAAAGUCAUCACAUUACAAGAAAAUGAAAAUAUAGAUAUUUGAGAAAAAAAACAGACAUGGAAAAAUUUGCAAAAAAGAUACAAAGUUGAUACUAAUAAUAUUUCUUUUCACCUAUAUCACAAACCUGAGAUACAUACAGUAUAUACAGAGGGAUAUACAGUAGAUACCAAAAUAUCAAAGUGGAAAAGUUGCAUCCUUUCAUUUUCCUCUAUGUGGUCCCCCUGGAUUACUGACAUAAAAAGAUGAAAUACAGGAAUAAAAUGAAAGAAGUCCUUACUUUUCUUCCUGUGGUUGACUUGCAGGCCUUUCUACCUUCGGAAAAAAUUGUCCAAGUCUAGUCGAAGUUUUUAAUUAGGGCCGAGGACCAACUACUUUGGGGUAAAAAUGCGUGACGGCUACAUUGCCAGGAAGUCGGGUCCUAGCUAACAAACUGUGAUACGGUGCUAGAGUUUGGUUUUUUUAUGACAGUUUAGUUGAGUGUUUGAAUUCUUGCUUCUGUCUUUUCUCAGCAGACUUUGCUCAUUGGAAGAACCCUCAUGCAGUUUCAGCGCUUACUCUCCGACUUCCCCUCACUUGUGUUCUCUGUCUGUUUGUGUCUUUAUUUCUCUGUCCCAGGAAAAUAAAGAAUGAAGACGUGUGAGUGCCUUCGCCAGGAAGAACAGCCAAAGAUUUCGUUUUUUUUUGUUUGUUAGUUUUUUCUACAAGGGAAGCCAACAUUGUCGCAAUUUUGUUCCAUAACAAAAGACACAUAAAAUGUUAUGUAACUCGCUAUUAAGACAGUUGUGCUAAAGUGUUAUGCUAAGCUAUGUAUAUAGUGUACACACUCAUUAGCCGGAAGUGCAAACGGUCCUCCUUGCUGAAACACGUAGCUACUGUGUAUGUCAUUGCACAAGCACGUACAGUGGUGCCUCGGUUAACGUCAUUAAUCUGAUCCAGAAGGUCCGACUCUAACUAAAACGGACUCUAACCAAAGCAAAUGUUCCCAUAGAAAGUAAUGUGCAGUGUUCCCUCGCGACAUCACGGUUCACCUUUUCGCCGCCUCACUGUUUGGCUGAUUUUUUUGGGUGCAAUUUUAGUGCUCUCGCCCAUUGUCUUCUGCGUCCUGAUUGGCUGUAGACCAUUGUCGAUCAAUCUCCUCCGUGCCGUGGCUCCUGUUGUAUUCCUCGCUAGCAAACAGCUUGUAGAGACUCUGAACGCUGUUUGCUUGCAAGUUUUCUCCCCGACAAAACCCACAAUGUCGAGGCAGAGGAAGUUGCUAACCAUCGCACCUUUGUUACAUAAAGGCGGAGGAACAUUGCAGCGACUGAUGGCUGCAGCAAUAUGUUUGGAAAAGGAUUAAAAAACGCUACAGCGGAGCAGCGCCAGGACAAAGAGGCUCAUCAGAGGAGUGAAAUACGCAUCAGUCACUCUUUAAUAAUUUCUUGUGUCCAACCUCGUAGGUUGAUGAUUAAAAUUCAAAUGAAGGUUUGAACUUUGAGAGUGUUCAAACAAGAGAUAAGUGUGAGAAAAUGUCAAUGCCUGUCUGAGAAAAGUGUAUCAAGUGUAUGGUGAGGUGUUUUACAGCCUUAAAACAUAUAGAAUCAUUGUAAAAAAUAAAGCUGACUACUUCGCGGAUUUCACAAAUUGCGGGUUAUUUUGGGAACCUAUUUCACUCGAUAAACGAGGGAACACUGUAAAUCCCAAUCAUCUGUUCAGACAUCCAAAAAUGUUGACACAAAACACAUUUUAUAGACAAUAAUUAUGGAUAAAAUGAUGACAAAUGAAUGGACAACUGAACAUUAACAUCACUUUUACCUAGUUGCGCCCCCCCCCCCCCCCACACACACACACACACACAUAUACAAAGCCUGACUGGAUGGUGUGAACUUGCUACAGUAGGUUUGAAUGCUUAUGUUUUGUUGUUGGAAGCAGAAAUGAGUGUCAUGGAUGGAAAAUGAGACAGGUAGAAACACAGUGUCAGGCUCCGUGCGCUGCCUGGUUGAUAGAGUGUUACGCGGGAACCGGAGUAGAUGUGUGCGCACCGCAUGCGAUGACUGAGCCACUCCCGUUACACUUGCAUACCUCUGAAAUGACAAAAAGUCGUGAAACUGGGAGGUCUUGCACCCUCGUCUUGGCACGGUCCCUCGCCGUUCUCUUUUGUGCAGUCCGUGUGUUGUUACGUGGUGUAUCUCUCUACAAUUCUGAUAAAAGCAAACGCACAACAAAGCCCAUGAAGCAUUGCGGGAUCACGUGCAAGUGUGGCAGGAUUUUGUCUUGGGCCGUGAUCCAAAGUGAUGGGACGGUAUUUUGGACGCUAAACAAGCGGGCGAAUGGAAUCCAAGGCAAAAUUUUUGCAGACAUUUUGGUUGUUAACCAAAAAACACGUUAACCAAGGUACCAUUGUAUCUCCAGGUUUUCUUACAUUCACAAAAACAUCAUGAAAAUGUCGAUGAAUGAGACUUGAGAUUCGCGCGUUUCACUGGACGGUUUCCAAAAUGGAGGAUGUUGUAGUGGAGUUGCAAUCCACGUCAGAACACGACGAGAAAGUCAGUUUACUCGGUCGGGCAAACGGAAGUUCCGCCCUUUUGGCAUGGUUAGAUUUUUAGGGAAUGUUGCAAAAAUGCUUGAACAUACAGUUGUCCCUUGCUACAUCGCAGGUUCAGACGUCGCUCCCUCACUUUAUUUCACUCUGUUAUUCAUUCCUUCAACAACAAACGGAUGAGUAAAUGAUGGCUGUUUUGUGGUUGACUCUGGCCUAUUAUUAGUCAAAAAGUUUUGAAAGAGAAAUGGAUGCAGAAUGAUAAUCCUCUCGUUCCGUGUGGAAGUGGUAAGUUUUUGCCUUCUUAUGUUGUCCUUCUUCCCCACUCAGUUUGAAAGCCUUUUUUAGGUUGGAAUAAAUCAGUUGGAGGCUAACUAGUUAACUCAGUAGCUCGCUAAUGCUUAAAGCGGCGGCCAUCUCUUGUGUCCCUGCAGUGAUCCCGUAGCCUGCGUGUUAGAGUUACGCCAUGUGGAUGAGGAUGGCUGGUAAGACUCACCUCGAUGCCACGCGAUCGAUCCACAUUACAAUCGAGAUACUACAGCAGCAAGGAACGUGAGUUAUGUCUUAUUAUCGCUUAUUAUGUCUACUGUCUUAGGUUACAUAUACUCAUAUCCCAAAAUAUUUAGUUUGAAUAUUGAUAUAUUAUAUGGAUAUCCCCAUAUUUUUUCCACAAAUUUAGUUUAGACAAAGUCAAAGUCCAGUAUGCGUGCAAAGUGAUUUUAUUAAAAUGUUUAAAAAUGGUAUCGAAAAAUAGCCACUGAAGUAAAAUAGCCCGUUCUCUUUUUGAAAAUAUAAUCUUCUAUCUUAAUCAGGCUGCACUCACGGUGGUCCCUCUGCAGCCGGGUUAGCGCCGUUAGCGCUUCCAUCUCACGUUCCCCAUGACAGGCGGUAAAUAUGGUUUAUACCGUCUUUUCCGCUGUCGGAGCUUCGCUCCCACUAUGCAGCCUCUCCUACUCCGUAUCGCCGCUGGGAUCUCCGGUCGCUCGCCGUAGCGGCUCAAAGCUAGCGGCUGCAAUGGAGCCGUGAAUGAAUGUGUCUCCCGCAACAAGCAAGAGGCAAGUUACAAACGUAACAAGAUGAACAUCCAUAGCAGCACACUUGCUUAAUGGGUCGCUAUGGCACAAAAAAACAGCGGAAAAUACAGAGUUGCUGCAACAAGUGGCCACUCGGGUGGCGCCAUCUUGAAACAUGAGACCUCCGCGUCACAUCCAGUCUAUAUCGAUAUAAACGAUAAGUUUGCUUUUGAUAUCGUGCUUAUAAGUAUCGAUAUAUCGCUCAGCCCUACCAUAGGGUUGUUAUUUCAUGUCAAAGGGCUCCAAUAAUGUUAAAAACAGUUUUUAGAAGCUUAUAAACAAGUUUUUCUACGCUCUUAAGUGUAGAAAUAUUCCAUUUAUUAAUAUUGAAUCUUUAUCACAGCCGAGCCUGGAACCAAUUAACCGCGAUAAAACGAGGUACGACUGUAUACCGAAAUACACUUUUCUCCGUUUAUGCUUCAGAAUGCGUACACGGAGAAUUGUCCCCUCUCCUAUUUGUUUUUUUUUCUCCAUUUUUAACGGUAGUGUUGCCUUUUAAAUUCUACAUGAACAGAAACAUAAUUGGAUAGCGUCCCAGGACUGUCGGUGCUUGUUUUAUGAAAACAAAGCAACAACCAUCAACUGGGAUCGUCGCACGGCGAGUCGGAGCGAAGCGGCCAGAUGUUGUUGUGUUUGUCGUUGUGUACUGACAUAAUGACAUAAUGAAACCUGCUUUCAUACAUGCAUUGUUUAACUACACCAUGUCGAGGAAUCAACUCGUCGUCAUCAGGUUACAACGUGCUCAAUUUGACAGAGUAGCGACAUCCGAUGUUGGCGUAGCGACCAGGAUGCUUUGUCCCAACCUGAAACAGCACCUGGUCCGACAAGUAGAUCCAAUAGUUUCUAAAACGACUUGCACGUCGUGCUCCGUGUCUGCAGAACGCUGCAUAUCUGUAAUGUUGCCGUGCCGACAAACAUCUUCCAUAUUUAACCAAAGUCCAAAGUCUGGCACAUUCUAGAAAUAGAAUUUCAUAAACAGCAGCAGAAGCAUUCGUACAAGAAUAAGGUCAGAAUAUUAAGAGAAAAAAGUUGCAAUCUACCGAGAAAAAGUUAGAAUUUUAAGAUAAUAAUGACGUAAUAUUACGAGGGAAAAUAAAUGUCAUCUUAGUAACAAAGUUGAAAUAUUAAAGACAUUUUUUUUAAAUCAUAUAAUUAUGAGAAACAAACAAAACAUUGAAUAAAGUUUCAUUUUUGGAAAAUUAGGUUGCGGAAAGACUUAUAGUGUUACUAGAAUAAAGUCAAAAUAUUACAGCAGUAAAGUCAUAAUUAGGAGUACAAAAUUUACGAGAAUGUUGAAAUGGAAUAAUAAAAAAAAAUGCAGCAGAAAUGGGGGGGGGAGCUGUAUUUUUAUGAGGGGGAAAAAAAGUCAAAAUAUUGAGGAAAAAAAGUUAUGUAACGAGAAAAAAAUUUAAUUUUAUGAGAAUAAAAAUAUGAGGGGAAAUUAUGUCAUUUUAGUGCCAUAAAGGUCAAAUAUUAAAGAAAAAAAAAGAUUAUUUUUUUUUAUACUAGUAAUAUUAUGAGAAACAAACAAAACAUUGAAUAAAGUUGUCAUUUCUGGGAAAUUAUGAGGAGAAAGUUGAAAUAGAAUAACUCCAAUUAAAAAAAAAAAAAAACAGCUGUAGUUUUAUGAGAAAAAAGUGUAAAUAUUGAGGAAAAAAGUUGUAAUCUAACGAGAAAAAGUCCUAAUUUUACAAGAAUAACAAUAUGAGGAAAAACAAUGUCAUUUUAGCAGCGGAGCGUUGAAAUAGGAAAGAAAAUAUAUGGCGUUUUUUUCCAUCAUCAUACGACAAACACACCAAAAUAAAGUUGUCGUUUUUUUUAUUUAGGUUGGGGGGGAAGUUAAUAAUAUUGUGGGAAUAGUCAUCGUGUUACAUGAAUAAAAAUUGCAGUGAUUAUUUAAGAAUAGAGUUGAAACAUAAGUUGAAAUGUAAACAGAUAUAUCCUUUCGUUUUUCGCGAUGUGGCCCUUGCUGGAAAACGUUUGGACACCCGUGCUCUAAGCACUUUUCCUCGCUUGUGCCAUCUUGCCAUAUAUAUGUGUGUGUGUAUGUAUGUGUGAAUGUGUAUGUAUAUGUAUAUGUGUAUGUGUACGUGUAUGUGUAUGUAUAUACAUACACAUAUACAAGAACAUGCUUUGUGUUUCAAAGUUUUUGAGGGAACAUUUCCUUCAGUGAAUACAGCUUUACUGUGCCCCAAAGUGCACUUAUACAAAUAAAUAACAUUGCCUUAAAAGUGCUUUCCUUCUCACGGUGAACACGCUCCUAUCAUCACGGACAACAUGGCAGCUCUUGACCACCGCUCUCAGUCAGUCAGUAUUGAAGACUUAUGAUCACUAUCUCCUGUGUACUGUAUGUGCAAAUAGACAGAGGAAAGCAUGUUGAUUACGGGAAAAAUAUAUAUCCUUAAGGGACGUCCUGUUAACGACUGCAGCCACUUAAACCCACCCGGAGCCUUAUUUUUGUAGUAUUUGUGUUUCAUUCAUUCAAUGUCAUUGUGUAAACCCCAUUAUGACAUUAUUAUCAUGUCUAAUAAUAAUAACCAAUGUUGUCUUGUGUACAAUAUUUUUUAUAAAUAUAAAUAUAUGCAUAUAAUCAUUUACAAUGUGUACUGUGUGACUUUUUUCCAUUCACAUUAACCAUCUUAUACAAUUCAGAAAGCAGCCAUCUCUGGUAUCAUUUACAAUGGCAUUUUUCCUUUCUUUUAUUGUUUAGAAUUUUUUUGAUUAAUUACGUGUGCAGUAUUAGGAUUUCGUUUUUUUUUACUUCAUUUUUCUGCAGCAUCCUGUUCCGGCAAUCAUUUUGAACUACAACUUUAUUGAAACAUAUCAAUAUAAAAGAACAUUACAACCUAGCGGGAUGAAAUGUUAACCUAAGUCAAAUAAAAUAUCAAAUAAGAGACGGGAAGUGGGUCUUUUCUUAGCUACAUCCAUUACAUUUGGUCCAAACCGCAAUGACACCGGUAAUACUUUGGUAACGUUUAGUGUGACGCUAUAACCGGAACAAGAAUGUACCAACUCCUUGGAGCUGAUUGGUCCAAGCGUUAUCACUUAUCACCGAUCACUGUGGGACUUGGUACAUUCAGCUUCCGGGUAGAAUAAUUGUAAUUUUGGUUUGCUUUUUGUUAACGUGUUUUGCACUUCUCGGCCAGCGGAGGCACAGUGACUAUGAAUCUUAACUUCUAACUCCUAUUGAAGUUGAUGUAGUGUUAUUGCACUGAACUCUAUAACUGGAAUGGCCCCGAUCGCUUGCUGCGCAUUGGAGGCUUGAAGCCACCGGAAGUAUAGAAGUCGCCAUGUUGUUUCACCCAAAACAAGAAAGCCGCACAACUAAGAGGAGUUCGAGAUGCCGUCUUGUGCUGCUAUUAAUUGCACAAAUCGUGAUACUCGUGAAAAUCGCGAGAAGGGACUUACAUUUCACAGAUUUCCACACUGCAAUGCUCAACUUGUAAAGCAAUGGCUAGUAAAUAUGCGGAGAGACAGGUGGAUUCCUGCAGCCAGAUCGCAACUCUGUUCAAGUCAUUUCACCGAGGAGAACUUCGACAGGACCGGCCAGACUGUUAGACUAGGACAAAAUGCAGUUCCAACAAUAUUUGACUUUCCUAUCAUCUUCUAAAGAACUCUGCGUGCCGGAAACCCCCAAAAGUCAGGACACCAGUCAACCAAAUUGAAAUUGUUUACAUACAGUAGUGUUUUGAUGAAAAUGCCAUUUAAGAUGAAGAACCUUCAGCAAAUAAUGGGAUGUGAUGUUACAUUCAUUGUCUUGGGUUUUCUAAGUGUUAGUGUGACAGUCAAUUAUGGUACGUGACUGUGAUUUGUUACAAUAUUUCCUACUAAACCUCAGCAAAACCAAAACAUAUUCUCAUAAAUUUAUUUAAACUAA